UCUGCGGACUGGGACGCUCUCAGUAAGUUUUUAGAUCAAACAAUCAAGACCAGGAGCAGAGUCUGUACAGGCUGAGACAGCGAUAAGGCUGGUGGUGUGUUAAUCUAAAGCUGAUGUUUCAGUGAAGUUGUUUUCGCAUUCCUGUUGGAUAAUAAUCUCUUUCAGAAAUGUACCGAGCAACCUUAGUGGCACUUGCAGUUCUGCAGCUCUGCUCUUCACCCUCGGUACAUGGAGGGAAAGUCUUGGUAUUCCCUGUAGAUGGAAGCCACUGGGUCAACAUGAACGUCAUCAUCCAGGAGCUUCACUCCAGAGGCCAUGAAAUCACAGUGUUGAGACCAUCAGACACCUGGUACAUCAAGGCAGACUCCCCUCACUACAAGUCCAUCACUAUAAACUCCUCUGCGGGUUUUGAUGAGGAACGCUUUGGGUCCUUUGUAACCACAAUGCUGAACAUGCGGCGGGGAGGCGCUUCAUUAUGGACUCGUUUAUCUCUGGAGUAUGAACUGAUGGUCCAGUUCUAUCAGAUGCAUAGGCAGCUGCUUCAGAUGGUGGAGGAGAUGUUUGAGAAUACCACACUGAUGCAGAGCCUCCGCGAUGACAAAUACGAUUUGGUUCUGACAGACCCUGCGAUCGGCGGAGGGGUGCUUCUGGGUCACCGUUUGGGUCUUCCACUUGUCUUCAAUGUGCGAUGGACUGUUCAGGGUGAGGGGCACCAAGCAAUUGCACCAUCCCCAGUCUCUUAUGUCCCAAUACCAGGGACAGAGCUGACUGACAAGAUGACAUUUACGCAACGGGUCAAGAACUUCCUUUAUUAUGUCUUUACGUGUAUUCAGAUUUGGAUGAUCACUGAACCAAACUACAAACCUUUUGUCCAUCGUCACUUUGGCCCUGACGUACACUACAUGGAGCUGUUCCAAGCGGCAGAAAUCUGGCUGAUGAGGAACGAUUUCACCUUUGAGUUUCCACGACCAACAAUGCCAAACGUCGUCUACAUGUCAGGAUUCCAGUGCAAACCCUCCAAGCCCCUGUCCAAAGAACUAGAAGAUUUUGUUCAGAGCUCCGGUGAACAUGGCAUCAUCGUUAUGACACUGGGAACCCUGGUGGCAAAACUUCCUGAGGACAUCUCUGAGGAAAUUGCAGCUGCUUUUGCCCAACUUCCUCAGAAGGUGAUCUGGAGGCACCAAGGCAAAAGACCAUCUACUCUCGGCAACAACACCUUGCUCUUGGAUUGGCUGCCUCAAAACGACCUCCUGGGUCACCCUAAGACCAGAGUGUUUGUGGCCCACGGAGGCACUAAUGGAAUGCAGGAGGCCAUCUACCACGGUGUCCCGCUAGUCGGCCUGCCCCUCAUGUUCGACCAGCCUGACAACUUCUUCAGGAUGAAGGCAAGAGGUGUGGCCAAAGUCCUGGACAUUGCAACUGUGAACAAGGACAACUUCCUGGAGGCCCUCAAGGAGGUGCUCUACGACCCGAGCUACAAGGAGAAGAUGAAGAGGUUGUCCGACCUGCAGAGAGAUCAGCCCAUGAAACCACUGGACCGUGCCGUGUGGUGGAUUGAGUUUGUCAUGAGGCACAAGGGAGCUCCACACCUAAGGACAGAGUCUUAUAAGAUGUCCAAGAUCCAGUACUACUCAAUUGACGUGAUGGCACUUCUGCUGGCAGUUAGCUUGCUGAUGCUUACUGUUUUUAUUUCUGCAGUAAAGUUUUUGUGGCGAAGAGUGUUUUCCAGAAGCAAAGUCAAAAAGGAAUGAUGAACGUGUCGCAAGACAUCACUUUUUUUAGGGAUCACGAUUUCUUGUAAGGAAAACAAUAAUGUUUGUAAACUGUUUCAUUCUGUGUUUUGAGCCAUGAACACACCACAAACACUGUAAACAGUUCUCUUUCACUGGUCUCCCGACUGCAUGUGACCUGUCUGUCACAGCGUUUCUGUUGUGCUCGGCUGAUUAUCUGUUUGUUAGCAGGUUUGUUAGCUCAAACAUGUGGAAACAAUUUACAACGCAGUUUGGUGAAAAGCUUGACCUGAGCCAAGUAAUCGGUUUUUAGUUCAUAUCCAGGAUUUUUUUUUUUCGAAGGAUUUCGUAAUGCUGCAGGAUUUUGAAUAUUUUUUAUCAUUAUCAUAAACUAAUGUACUUAAAAUAAAUGAACAGACACGUGUAUCCUGUGAUUGUCUAUCACUAAGGUUGAAUCAUAACAAAUUUGUUUUAUUAUCUUAAUAAUGAUUUUAAGCAACUGUAAAUAAAAAUAAAAACUAAGACAUGAUUUACAUGUUUUACACAUAUGAAGAGUUUUGGGCCCGAGAGACUUCACAGACAAUAUGAACAACAGUAUUUUUAGUUUGUAAUUUGUAUUUUGCUUGCUUUUCUUUUUUCUUACUUUUCAGAGGUAAUUGAAACUAUUAUUUCAUUAAAAUGCUUAAUUUGCCCACU